UUUUUUUUUCUCUCUUCGGCACAUUCUCUUCCAUCGCUUGCAUUUCCAUUUGCAUUGUUAUAUUCAUUCUAGUCCUCACCAUUCACUUAGUCUUAACUAGAGCGAUCGCACUUUCGUCUUGUUCACCUAUAACUCUAUCAUUCAUAUGUACAGACUGGCGAUUUCAAUUUUUCUUAGACUGCUGUGACUUGAAAAUUGCCCCUGCUCCAGACCACGCCCAUACCCAUCGCCACUGCACACAACGAUAUUCACCCUCAAAUAGACACUACACUGAUAUCUCAACACUAAAACCAGCAUGGCUUCUGGAUCCAACCGAGUAGGCAAUAUUGUGCUCGGAAACUGCAUUGGAAAAGGUGCCUUUGGUUCCGUUUGGCGUGGAUUGAAUGUAGAAACAGCAACCACCGUCGCUGUUAAACAAAUCAAUCUUUCAGAUAUUCCUUCCGCAGAACUAGAAAACAUCAUGAUGGAGAUAGAUCUUUUAAAAAAAUUGAAUCACCCAAAUAUUGUCAAGUACCAUGGAUUUGAAAAAACAAGCGACUAUCUCAACAUCAUUCUAGAAUUAUGCGAGAACGGCUCAUUACGAAGUCUAUGUAAAAACUUUGGAAAAUUACCAGAACACCUUGGCGCCAUGUAUAUCACACAGGUCCUGGAUGGACUCGUAUAUUUACACGAUCAGGGUGUCAUCCAUCGGGACAUUAAGGGUGCUAACAUUCUUGCGACGAAGGAUGGCUUAGUCAAGCUGGCAGAUUUCGGGGUUGCGACAUUAUCGAAUGAUGUUGGAGAUAUGUCUGUCGCUGGAACGCCAUAUUGGAUGGCACCAGAGAUCAUUGAGCUUUCAGGAGCAACCACCGCGUCAGAUAUCUGGAGCGUAGGGUGUACAGUUAUAGAGCUUCUGGAUGGGGAGCCGCCUUACCAUAAUUUACCACCUAUGGGGGCUCUUUAUCGCAUUGUUCAGGAUGAUCAUCCUCCUAUUCCGGAUACCGUGUCAGCGAUUGUUCAAGAUUUCCUCAUGCAGUGCUUUCAAAAAGAUUGCAACUUCCGAGUAUCGGCCAAAAAGCUUUCAAAACAUCCAUGGAUUCAAAUGUCAAGGAAAAAGGCAUCAGGGAGUCAGCGCAGUCGAGAAAAGGCGAUCCCAGCAUAUGAAGAGGCUGUUAAGAGCGUACAGCAAUGGAAUGAAGCUCUGAAGGGCUCAACGUCUCUGAAUAGAACCUCGGGCAACAAACGGAGAAAUCAUAGCAAUAGAGGUGGAAGGCCGGCAGAGCAAGGUAUACCGGCAAUAGCGAAUAUUUUUCAUAUGCCAAGCUCACAGGAAAAGGGAACAACUUCGACGUCUCCACCACUUGAUCAAGCCACAGCAUUAGCAUUACCUCCAGUGACAUUCCAGCUCAAUGCAUCAAAAGUUACAAACACUAGUAACUACGAACCUGAGGUUUCAACUGAUAACUGGGAUGAUGACUUUGCGGAUAGCAUCCUGUCUUUCCAAUUAGCUGCCCGUGAGUUUAAAGAUCAGGAAGAUGAGGUUUCUAAAACCAUUCGCGCCAUACCAAGGCAGUUGCAACAGGGUCAACCAACUGGCAAUAUAGAUGACUGCCAUUUUGAAGAGAAUGAGCAAGAAUUGCGAGUGAAAACGAAAGUCAAAGCUCUCGAGAAAAAACAGGCAUCUAGACAACAAGAGGGCAAUGUAAAACAAAAUGGAUCCUUGGCAUCUCGGACUAAAGCUUCAGGACCCCAUGUGCCGAUUGAUUUAGUUCGAUCACGAUCCGCGCCAGGACAGCUUGUACUCUCUCCUCCACUAGUAACUGAUGAGUUUAAGAAUUAUCGAGAGGAAGAGGAAGAUGAUUUCUCAGACCUCUUUGAUGAAGUCGAGUGUCAGAAUGCAGUAUACCACGACGAAGGGCUCACAUUGCAGACAAGACUUUCCAAUCAUAGUUGGUUUGGAAAUGAUGCGGGUUCUGAUGAGGAAGACCCAUUUGCUGAGGUUGAUGAAGGGUUCGACGAGAUUGAUCUGGAGGCCAACAUUGCUAGAGAAAAAUACGCCAGAAUAUAUGCCAGCAUAGCAAAAGAAUUCCGGCUUCUAGAACUCCAACGACCGGAGAAACAACUUGAUGUUUGUGAUCGCUUGAUGGUCCUACUCACAGAGAAUCCGGAUAUGCGAGGCGCCAUGAUCGCUAACCAUGGGGUGAUCCCGCUUUUGGACUUGAUCGAGAAUAGUGGCAAUUAUCAAAAUCUAACCUUGAAGCUGCUCAAUAUACUCAACCUUGUGAUAAGGAAUGAUUUUGCGCUACAGGAAAGCCUUUGUUUGGUUGGGGCAAUUCCUGUGUUGAUCGGAUACACAUCCAAGCGGUAUAACAAGGACAUUCAGCUGGCUGCUGCCAUAUUUAUACAACAAAUCUGCCAUACAAACUCUCUCACAUUGCAAAUGUUCAUUUCAUGCCGUGGAUUGAGAGUUUUCAUCGAUUUUCUGCAGCGUAAUUACGCCACACAGAAGGAAUUUGUUUGGAUUGCGAUCAGUGGCAUCCACAACGUCUUUAAUUUGCAGAGCUUGACACCAAGAAACGACUUUUGCCGUCUGCUGGCGAAGCAGGGAUUGCUGGAUCCUCUCUCAUCAAAACUUUAUGAUACCAUGCGCGAUCCACAAGAUAGUUCAUAUACAGAGAAAAUUGUUCAGGUUCUAUUGAUUUUCUCACAGGGUGAUUCUCCAGUUAAAGAGCUUUUAGCGACGAGACAAAUUGUCCAUCGCAUGCUUACUUCGCUGCAGAGCCUCCCUCCCAGUCUAUGUGUGAUGAUGCUCAAGUGCAUCAAAAAUAUUUCUAUGAACUCCAACACUUUGGAUGUGCUGCAGAACGCCAGUGCCAUCCACACGCUUGUUCAAGUUCUUGGUGAACGAACAGGAUCAAUCGCUACAGAUGUCUGUAACCACGUACUCACGACGCUGUUCAAUAUGUGUCGAAUUAAUAAGUCGCGUCAGGAAGAAGCUGCCCAGGCUGGCAUUAUACCUCAUCUACAGCAAAUAGCGGAAUCUAGCUCGCCACUGAAGCAGUUUGCACUACCAAUCUUGUGUGACAUGGCACAUGCCGGCCGUGCAUGUAGAAAUAUUUUAUGGCAUAAUGACUGUUUACCAGUCUACCUUCGGCUAUUCAAGGAUCCAUAUUGGCAAGUAAAUGCAAUUGAUGCCGUUCUCGUAUGGCUGCAGGAUGAAACUGUAGACGUCGAGCAAGUUUUGCUUCAACCCUCUUCGCUGAAUCUUUUUGCACAAGCAUUCUUGACAGCGAAAGCCAACUCUUUCGAAAACAUCCUUGAGCCUCUGUACAAAAUCAUUCGUAUCUCACCAGCGAUUGCACGCGGCAUUGCAGUCCCUGCACUUUUCCAGCGCCUUCUUGACAGACUGUCGCAUCCAAAACCUGUGGUGCGAUCCAAUUUACUCCGCAUUCUCAAAGCCAUCUUUGAUGCUCAUCCAGAGCGCCUGCAGGUUGUCGCGCGCUAUGGUAUCACAAAUGUAGUAGCCAAGAUUGCAGAGGAAGACACGGCUGCCUUGGUCACAGGUUUGGCCAAGGAGAUCUUAAGUGCGAUCGAAGAGAGUGAUUCGGAGGCAAUGUUGAGUUGCGAUGAGCGAGAAAGGGAAAAUGGUAGCCUGAACACAUACGAGGGCUCGUCAAACAAGAAUAGUUUCUUCGAUUUGGGACCACAUAAAGGCCCCAUAUAUAAUUUGAAGGGUACACAAAUGAGCAACAAAAAUACACAACUUUCGAUUAAUGCUGACGAAGCUUUGGGUGACGAGCGAAACGAUGUGGAUGAUCUAUUUCAAAAAGAGGUGGAUGACCUAGAUGUGAAGACAAGCAUGGAUCCAAGACGAUCUUCGCAUCAACAGGAGUUUGGACUGGAGAAAAACAGUGAAGGAGUUGUAAGGCCGCAUCUGAAUAUCUUGCGGCACUAUUCAUCAUCUACCACUCAACCUGCUCGAAAAGAUGAGGAAAGUGAAAGUAGUAGCUCGGAGGAAGAUCAUUUUGUGACAAGUCGGACUUGGUCAGAUGAUGAACAAAAUGGCUCGCAUAUAGCCACUAUUGCAUAUAAGCCUACAGAACGCACUCAUAUUAGGGUGAAGAGUAUGCAGGAGCGAGAUGAAACAUUGAGGCCCAAGACAGCAACCCCUCUGCGGCAAUUUGGUCAUCAAAAGAGCAGAAGUUUGGGCGAGGCUCUCGAGACCUGUUUUAAUGGAAACGUUGAAGUGGGGCAGGGAGCGCUUGAAGACGUUCACUCUGUAGGUUUAUCCGAGAGCAUGAUUCUUCGAAACGAGCUACCAAAAAUUCGGUUGGAACUCUUGGACUUGGACCGUUUUCCUGCUUGGGAUCGCCGAAAGCUAGAGGCAGAAUACGAGAAUGAUGAUGAUGGGGAUAGUGGUAGUGAGGAUGCUGCUAGAGCACUUAAAUCUCCGGAGGCUUCAAUAUUAGGGGCAUCUGGCCCAAGUAUCUCCUGGGCGGAGAGGCUCUACAUAGAGAGAGCUGACACCCCAAGAGCGACAAGACUAAGGAGUCUCUCCACCGUUGACGAAGCUUACGAAAGCGUGGAAGGCUUUGCUGAGCCAAGUAAGAGAAGAGGACCCUCAACUUUUAGUCGUCAGCUCCAGAACCGAGAGCGGUCUAGACGGAACAGCACUGGGACUAGUUCAGGAGAAUCAACAGUUCGACUUCGAGGCACGGCCUUAUCAUCACCCAUCUCACCUUUUGUUCAAAGGAACACCCAUAUAGAGCUUAAACCAACCCCAACACCCUCAGCAGUCAAAGAGACUAUCAUGUCAAAAAAGAGUUUUGAUGAGGAGGAUGACUUUUCUAUUUCUGGGUUAGUUCUAGCUGAACGCCAAGAAUAUGGGUCAACACUUAACUUUAGUGGUGAUGAAAAUGACGACAGUGACAAUGAUGAUAUGAAAGAACCAGAAAUGAGAAAAGAUUACGACGGCGCUAAGGACGAUAGGGAUAAUGACGAUAACGACGAUGAUGAUGCCUAUAGCAGUGCGGAGGAUGUUUUCGACGACAAUGAUGACCCUAACCAUGACAAUUUCUAUGACAACGAUGGUGGCAGCCAUAAUGAUUAUGAUCCUAACGACCUAAAAGAAAACAAAGUACAGACAUGGAAUUGGGGUUCAAUACAAGAAGAUACCAUUCUUGCAAACGGCAAGGCUAAAAAUGAUAAGAGUAGCUAUUUGAUGGAGGAGCAAGAGAUAGAUUGGGAUCGUGAGGAAGUACGUCGGGUUUAUGAGACUCCAGUGAGCCCAAUUAGCCCAAUUAGCCCAGUCACAUCCACCCUACGCCGGCGCUCUUCACAUCGCAAAUCAGUUGAAUGACAAUCAGGGCGGGUGCAAACCAGACCUUUGGCUCCGAUAGACAAUAUCAGCCAUGGACUUGUCCUCCAGAAUGAAAUCGAAAAAGAAAAUGAUGUCCAUGGAGCUUCCACUAGAAUAACCAAGACAGUUAAAGACGAGACGACAAUACGAGAGUCAGUUACACGCGGCAACUGCAUCAUCUCUUGAGGGCUUCAUUGUGUUUAUCAGAUGUGGUGUGCAUCCGCCAUAUUCCUUAUAUCCUAUCCUUUAUGAAAGCAACAUGUAUGGUAUAAAUUUAUAUUAAAUAAUGAUUCUAAAG